GAGGAAGAACAAGAAGAAGAAGAAGAAGGAAAGGGGAAGAGAAGAGGAGAAGAGGAGCAGAGAAGUUUUGGUGUCGGAUCAUUUGGACCUGACUGAUCAGAUCCAGAGAUGUACUACUAUCGCUAUGACAACGCUGAGGUCAGCUGCUGCUACAAGUACCUGAUGUUCAGCUACAACAUCAUCUUCUGGCUGGCAGGAGCCGCCUUCAUUGCCAUUGGAUUCUGGGCCUGGAGUGAGAAGGGGGUCUUGUCGGACCUGACCCAGGUGACCAGGCUGCACGGUUUUGAUCCAGUCUGGCUGGUUCUGGUGGUUGGUGGAGUCACCUUCACUCUUGGCUUUGCUGGCUGUGUUGGAGCUCUGAGGGAGAACAUCUGUCUACUGAAGUUUUUUUCAGGUGUCAUCGGCUUCAUCUUCUUCUUGGAGCUGACUGUAGCUGUUUUGGCCGUGGUUUUCCAGAGUCAGGUCAAAGAUUGGAUCAACGAUUUCUUCCUGCAGAAUAUCAAAGGGUACCGUGACGAUAUCGACCUGCAGAACCUCAUCGACUCUCUGCAGAGUCUGAACCACUGCUGUGGCGCUCAGGAACCCAAUGACUGGGAUCUGAACGAGUACUUCAGCUGUAACGGAACCCACCGGAGCAGAGAGAAGUGUGGCGUGCCCUUCUCCUGCUGCAUCACAGAUCCUGCCGACAUGGUUCUAAACUCGCAGUGUGGCUAUGAUGUAAGGAACAAAGCACAGGAGAUCUGGAACCAACAGAUCUACGUCAGAGGAUGCAUCCCGGCGCUGGAGGACUGGUUACCUAGAAACCUGUACACGGUGGCCAUCGUCUUCAUCGUCAUCUCACUGCUGCAGAUGGUGGGGAUCUAUCUGGCCCGGACGUUGAUCUCAGACAUUGAAAAGGUUAAAUUCCCCUACUGAAGUCAGCUGCCCUUGACCUGCAGGGGGCGGAGCCUAAACAACCUGUUCUGGAGCAGGUGUCGGCUGUCACAUGUGCCUUCAUACUGUUCUGCAGUUUAGUCUUCCUAUAAUUGUCUGACUGAAUGUGAAGUUUUCCUGAUGAGCGUUUUGUCUGAUGUUUCUGCUCUGUGCCUAAAUGCCUUUACGUCUGCUUCACCUCAGAGGCCUUUAGAUCCUACCUGAUCAAGCAUCAUCAUCAUAACUACUCAGUCUGGAUGUCAUUCUUAGAACCCAGACUCGGGGACUAGGUUCUGGUUCCUGCUGGACUGUAGUCCGUUUCUGACCCUAAACCAGACUGAUGGAUGACAGGUCAAAUUAACAGACUGGCCCUUUAAAUAGUUUCUGGUCACAUUUGAAUGAGUGCAGACGUCCUGUUUGACACUGGAAGACAAAUUAGUCUGAAUAAAGUUUAGUUUGAAUAUU